AUGGAUGAGGUGCCUACGAUCCAUGACGCCUUGAUGCGCUCUUCUUUCCCUCCUGCAAGUCGGCUACCCUCCAGAUUCAUUUGUCCGUCCCGGACUGGGUGCAAAAACCACCCACAAAGUCGCACCUUCACAACAGGACGUCCUCACUUUGUUCCGCAUACUUCAUGUGAGAAAGCAGAAGCCAAGGGUGUUGUAACUUUGGGCUUGGCCGGCCACACACACACAGAAACACACACAUACUCACACAUUGCUGUUAGUUAG